UAGCUUCAGGUCUUGAUCUGACGCAUCCUUCUUAGGUUGCUGGGUUCCUCGGUUCCUGGGCUCCGCUGUUGGUGUGGUGAUGUGUGUCCGAAGCUUGAUUUUCUCUGGCUUGAAGUUUUCCCUGAAGGCCUUAUCGUACAAUGUCGCUAACAUACAACAGCUCUACAGUUAGGGUUUUCCUGUUGUAGACGAAGCGUUCCCGCGCGUUUAAUUAAUUUAUGUAUUUAUAGCACCUUUACCUAUCAACGAGAAUUAAUCAAUGGCGACGAACCCUAGACAGGUGCCGAGCGCGGUGCUAGCACAGAGGCCGAUGUACCUGCUGCGGCAGGUGCUCAAGGACCUGUGCCUGCAGAACGGGUGGACGUACUCCGUCUUCUGGCGACUCAAACGCCGCGCGGUUCCGCGAACGUCGCAAACAAAUGUACCCAUAAGGGGAAACCGUGUGAUGAGACGCGAAGACGACGAUAACUGGGUGCUGAUGUGGGAGGACGGUUACUUAGUCCCUCAGGCCGUACUUAAGAAGCUGGAGGACCAGAUGGCGCGGUGGCGCAAUUCGUCCUCUAGUGCCGCCGGAGGCAGCAGCAGCGGCCACGCGGACGCUGUACCCGCUUUAGAGGAGCUGUGCUACGACUGGAAGCAGCUGCAUGCCACGUAUCUCAAGUUCUCCUACCAGAUCUACAACUAUGGCGAAGGGCUGGUGGGGUCGUGUGUGGCAGCCGAAGCAGCGGAGUGGGUGUACAGCCAUGCCAAGUACCACACCGAUGCACUCAACUGCGUGCAAAGCCAGCAUCCACCGGGCUGGGCGGAGCACUUCGCUUCUGGCAUCAAGUAGUUCUCACUCCACGAGAUUGA